AGGGCACAGGAAAGGAACUCAUUCUUAAUGAAAGCAAAGAGAAUACAAUGCUAUAACACCUGCUGAGAAAGUUAGAGAAAGAGCCAGAAGAGCAUUGAAGAGUGUUUUAUAAGGAAGACUGGUUGACAAGUACAGACACCAUGCCAACUCAGACUAAUGAACCUCAUAUUGUUGACGUUUGGAACACAAAUUUAGAGGAUGUGUUCAGGAAGAUUCGCAUCAUCAUACAGAAAUACAAAUAUGUGGCCAUGGAUACAGAGUUUCCUGGCGUUGUCGCCCGGCCACUGGGUGAGUUCCGCACCAACUCCGAAUAUCAGUACCAGCUGCAUCGAUGCAACGUAGACUUGCUCAAGAUAAUACAGCUAGGCAUUACUUUCUGUGAUGAACAGGGUAAUUUUCCCAAGACGGGCUCAACGUUCCAGUUCAACUUCAGGUUUAAUCUCAGUGAGGACAUGUACGCUAAAGAUUCAAUAGAGCUCUUAUCUGGGUCAGGUAUCCAGUUCAAGAAGCAUGAAGAUGAAGGAAUCGAGGUUGAUCACUUUGCAGAGCUUCUCAUGACAUCGGGAGUGGUUCUCAACGACAGUGUCAAGUGGGUCACCUUCCACAGUAGUUACGACUUUGCCUACCUGGUCAAGCUGAUGACGGCGACCAACCUGCCUUCAGAGGAGUCAGAAUUCUUUGAGCUCCUGAGGAUCUUCUUCCCAUGUAUUUAUGAUGUGAAGUAUCUGAUGAAGAGCUGUAAAGACCUCAAGGGGGGUCUUCAAGAAGUAGCUGAUAUCCUUCAGAUCCAGAGGAUAGGACCUCAACAUCAAGCUGGCAGUGAUAGCCUCCUCACUGUACAAACAUUCCUUAAAAUGAGAGAGUGCUAUUUUGAAGAUAACAUUGAUGAUGACAAGUAUUGCGGUCACCUGUAUGGUCUGGGAUCGGCUUACAUGCAGAACGGAUCGGCUUACACGGAAGAGAACAACACAGCUCCUACGACUACAGCUACGUAACCCGAGCCCCAACCACUCCCCCCCCCUCCCCUCUCUCCUCCUCCCUUCCUCCCCACUCCUCACAAUCUAACAUGACCUUUGACAUUACCCAGGGUGCUUCAGUGUUUCUUCCAAUGUCUUCUCGUCAGCCUUUUGUUUUCCAAACCACUUGUCUUGUUAAAGUAUGAAACUAAGGAUACAUUUGUAACGAUAGCAAGGUGAUGAACAAAGACUACUUAUAAGAUACAUUGAAUGAUAGGUCGGUAUUUCAACACAAUCUGGGUCCGGUAACACAUAAAUUAGGGAUUAAUCGUACACUUGAUUUUCACAAUUAACUCUACAUUGUAGUCAGCGCAAUUAAUCAUAAACAAAUGUAGGAUGAUUGCUAAGCUUUGUGUUAUGGGUGCCAGAUGAGCAUUUCGUGAAACAAUGAUUGAUUUUUACAGACAAAUGUAAAAAGCUACUGAAAAUCCUUGUAUCUGAAUGGCUUAGAAUGAAUAAUUGACUGUUUGUUCAUGAAACAUGCCCUAGGUCACAUCUAGGUCUAUCAUUCUAUCACAUUGUGAUGAACUCUGACCCCUCCUCAUCACAUGCUUGAAUGACCAUAUUUCCUAUAAUCAGGUAUCUCUUAUCAAACGUGGCACUUUACAACUAACCAGAGAUACCAGUAUUCAGGCUUUUGCUUGAUUUCUAAUAUGUUGAAAUCAAUAGGGAGGUUUCGCAGACACUACAGACGUUUUCUGGAACAUUGAGAAUUUAUCGUCAGAAGCCCUUCCUUCGUGACAAAGCAGCCUUUGUCGAAAAUUGAUGAAUUGAAACAGUGGUGUCAUCCUGGACAAUUGACGUAUUAGCAAAUUUUCUUCAGCUCCGAAUCUUGAGACGAUCUGCUGGCCCUGUUCACCAAUUUUCAACUAAGUCCUCUGAGCUGUUCAUUGUGAUUUUACAGACAUUUUCAAUAGAUUUUCUAUGUUGUAGAGUAUGUCCCAAUUGCUAUUGUGAAAACUCACUGAUGUUGAAACUGGGUUAUUACAGAGGGUCCAAAAUAGGUUAAAAUUGUACCAUUUUUGGGUUGCAACUGCAUUGGAACUGUUGGUAAAAAAUUGUCUGCUAAUGAAAACAUGGUAUUUGAAAUCGAUGAAAGUAGAUUCUGCGUAGGGUACCCCUCGGACCACAUAUUGAAAGAUAUUUUUGUCUUUCGAUUUUAUGAAAAUUGACCAAGCAAAUGAAGCAAUUUAGAUGGUAAGGAUUAAUUAAUAGCAAAAAUGCAGUUGACUUCGACAGCUAGUGAUUACCCUACUGGAACUUGCCAUUUUUCAUUUUCAUAUAGUGCAAAAAUGAAGUUUGGUUCUUUUAUCUAAUUCUUUUUUGUUUAGUGUAAAGCACUUUGUUUGUGAAUCAAAACUUAGAAUUGAAUACGGCCUAUCUCCUUUUUUUUAUGUGACAAUAAACUGGGUCCACGAUAAAAAAAAAGUUAUGGGAAUGUCAGUACGCAAAGGUGAUUGAAAUUCCAUGUUGUAGCAAUCCUUGUUUUUCUACUGAUGUAAUUCAGCCAGUAUGCUGCAAGUGUAUUGAUAAUCACAUUCUUCUAUAGACAUCAGUAUUUCUAAAUCUUCAUACAUUUGAAACAAGCACAACUUGUGACUUCUUGUAAAAAUCGGGAGAUUUGCAUAGGCAAGUUUUGACAGCUUGCCAAUAAGAGAACAAGUUUGCAGGGGGUAAGGCAACAUGGAUCUUUUUUGCCACUUGACUUGAACUGUCUUGUGUCGAAGGAUUGUAACUACAUGUACUCUUGUUUUUGUACAUACAGUUUAUACACUUUUGUUUGUCAUUCAUUGUUCAAAUCAUGGUAUGAUGAUAUCAAUUUUUUGUUAAAUUGGAACCAUGUGGAUUUUAUCUACAGUGGUGCUCAAAAGUUAGUGAACCCCACCAGAAAAAGUGUUCAAGGCCUACCAUAUUUUAGAUAUCUAUUUGUGAAGUCAUGUGAUAAACUAUUGCAUUCAAGAAAGUUUGUUUCUCUGGGCUCACCGAACAUUGUAGUGUUGUUUAGUGUCUACAUUCAACACUCGGUAUGAAGGAGUGCAUUUUGCAGUAGGGUUCACUAACAUUUGAGCACAACUGUAUGUGUCAAUGUAUUAAGCACUGAUGCCUAUCUUGCUAUAGGGAAAUUCCAUAAAGCUAUGUACAUUACGUCUGACCCCUUGUGGGUGGGACCUUUCCGAAUGAAAGAAUCAUUUCUGUUUUUUGUAAUUCAUGUGAUAAGUUGUAAUGCUCUCAAACGAUCAUGGCCUGAGAAGUCCAUGAAUUGAGGUUAAAAAUUGAGAAAGAUGGGAGUCAGACGUAUAAAAAUGUUGAUUAUUCUAUGGAAUUGCACAAUAGAAGUUUCCAUAAAGGGUCACUACAAUGAGACGGGGAAAACAUAUUUCCCUUUUUGUUGAACAAUCUAGAUUCAUUUUACCUUCAGGUACUGUAUUAUUUACCUGUAAAACAUUAUGACUGGUCAUGGUUUUGAAUGGGCUGAUAAGUUACUUAAUAAAACAAACAAUGCACAGUUUGUUGGGCAAUCAGUAUCUCCAAGUUAGACAUCGUCGGCUAUUGCGUCAGACAGGUUAGAACUCCAAAAGGUACCUUGCAUGGAUAGUUUGUACCAAUGCCCUCACUAAUGUGUAUCAUUUGUAUGCUAUUGACUGGUCUUCUUCCAAUAAUAGCUUUUUUUCUCUGGCACUAGCCAUGCCCAAUAUUAUGUGCAUAUAUAUUUUCUUGAAACACACUUCACUUCGUUAACACAGGAGCAAUCCAUAUUCUUUGAUUUAUUAAUGUAAAAGAACUGUAUCAGAUACUAUGAAGGCAUGGUACAGACUGUAAAUUCACUUUUUACAUUAUUUGCUUUAUAUUGUCAUAAGAGAAUUGAAGGCACGUCCCCCAUUUCCCUCCAUCAGCCUACCUUUUUUUGAUUUAUCCCGAAGUGCAAUAAUUGCUUUGUUCUUUUAAAUUCUGAUGGAGGUAAUGAAAAGAAAGCUGUUUUGUUGCUUACAAGCAAAUUGUGUACCUGUAACACACAAAAAUGUUCAUUGUUCAAAAUUGUAAAGAGCAAAAUAUGUCGAGUACUUUUAUUUUACAUUAAGAUACAACCAUACAACCAAAACAACCAUAUGGCUAUUAAACAAAUCACAAUUAGCUCUGUUCCAAGACCUAAUAUGGGUGGAAGGAUUUCUUUUAAAUUCUGUUGUACUGAAACCAAUGUUACUUUAUAGCCAGAUCCAUUUUGUACUUUUUUUUGAUUGACCCAAUGAUUUUGUGAUCAUUUUAAUUGCGCAUGUAUUGUCCCAACAUGUAUGUAUUGUACGAGGAGUCUCAAGACACCUUUUGUAAAUAAAUGUACAUUAAGUUUCUUGCUAAGCACUAACUAAAA